GGCGGCGAAGGCAGUUGUCCUGGGGACGCUGUUGAGAGGCCGAGCGAAGGCUGCAUAUGACAGCGUAGACAGGUCAAAUGGCACAGCGUCUUGGAAGAAAUUGGUUGAACGACUAGUGUCCGAGUUUGACAGCGAAACAGACAGACAGCUAGCAAUGCAGCAGUUCCGGUCAAUGAAGCUUGGACCUGAUGGAGACCCGCUAGUGUUGGCGGUGAAACUGACUAAUCUACUUCGACGCGCGCUUCCCACUUUAGAUGAAGAAUCAGAAGCGCAGUUACUGUCUUCCCAAUUCAUCGAGAGUGUCCCAGACCACAUUUCUCAGCGAUUACAACUGGUUAACGCAACGCAGCCGAUGGAUAUUAGUGAGCUGGCGAAGGUGACCAGACAGCUGCUGAGCACAACGGUAGCCGCUAUAGACCAACCAAAACCAAACGAAUAUGAGCAGAAAAUUGAAGCAUUGCAGCGGGAAGUGGCGGCGUUAAAGUUGGCUGAUAGAAAAGACCGGUGUUUUGAAUGCGGUAAGCCGGGACACUGGAGAAGAUACUGCCCAGAAAGGCGAAAAAGAAAAAAUUUCAGACGG